AUGCAGCAGUUCUCUAACCCCUCCCAAAUGUUUCCCAACCUGCCUCCCAACGCUCAGUUCCCCAACAUGAGCCAACGUUUUCCCAACCCUUCCCAACAACCCUUCCCCUCCCAACAACAACAGUUCUCCAACAUGUCCCAGCAGAGAUUCCCUCCCUCGUCUUCUCCUAACUUCCAGUCCCCGUUUCCCAACACCUCCUCUCCCAACGCCUCCAUGGCGGCUUUCAUCAACCAGAUGCAGAACUCGGCGGCGAAGGCGGCCAUGUCGAACAACGCCAACGUUCCGCCGCACGUGUUGAACAUGCGGGAGGGCGGCAGGGGAAUGAAUGAAGGACCCAGCCCGCUGGCCAGUCUCAGUAACCAGGUGGGACAGGUGCCGCAGCCGCCGAUGCCACCUGGCAUGGGUCAGCAGCGCUCACCUGGUCCUAACAAACAGCAGGCCAUGCCACCUGUUUCCUGCAGGGCCAGGCGGAGUUCCAGUCUGCGUUCCUGCGCUACGUCCAGAGUCAGCAGAGACAACCCCCUCCCCGCGGGGGGCGCAGGGGGUCCCCAGGGGCAGCCACGUCCCCGGGGCUGGCAGGACUAG